AUGACAAGACAAGACCCGCCAAAAACCAGUUUCACUAACCAAGUACAAAGAAAACAGCCACGAGGAGUGGGCCACAAAGGAGCCAACCACAAAAAGACCUUUUCUCCCUCAAAACCCUCCAGUCUCACGUUUGAUACCUCCGACCGAAAACACGACAACCUGACGGCCCAGCAGAGAGCCGAGCUGGUUUUCGGAAAAGUGGGAUCUCGAAAGGCCCGACGAGAAGACGCCGAGAAACUGACCCGGGUGAUUGCAGGUGUCCGAGUGCCCCCCAGACCCGAAGAGCCCGAAAAUUGCUGCAUGUCCGGAUGUAUCAACUGCGUGUGGGAAAUGUACAAGGAAGACAUUGACCACUGGCAGGAGAAGCGAAAGCAGGCACACGAGGCGCUCAUGAAGACGCCAGGAGCCACAUGGCCGGCCGACUUUGGAACCCCACCGGCAGAUCGAGCCAAUGACCCCGAGGCUAAGGAUGAAUGGGAUGACGUUGACGUGUCUAUCAAGGUGUUCCUGGAUACUGAGAAGCGACUGCGAAAGAAGAAACAGGCCAAAAAGUUGCAGGAGAUGGGAGGUGGCGCUGCACAACAGCAGCAGGCCACCGCCUAA